AAGAUGAUAAAAUAAAAUGCUAAGCGGCGAAAAUGUGCCAACUAUGACGAUAAUUUAUUAAUUUUAGUAAUAAUUUAUGCCUUUAAAAUAUUAUAAUUUGUAUUUAAAGCUCACAUAGUUCACUGAUCAAUCUACCCAACAUAUUGUGUUAAUGGCCAGUCAUCGUUAUGGAUCUACCGCCCAAUACUGCACCUAGUUAUAUGAAUGGUUAUCCCGUCGGCGAUAUGAAUACCACUCCGAAUGCCAGUGGUACGCCUCCGGUGCCUUUAGCUUUUGAUCCGAGAAUGGCUACACCGGUUCCGCCGGGAUACAUACCACCUCCUUCGAUGCCUCCUGGGCCGAUGAUGACGCCAGCUCCAAUGCCUUACGGUCUUCCUCCAGGACCGUAUCCAUAUGCCUCGCAAACAAGUGUACCUCCUAUGGAUGCUCCUAUGAUGCCGCCGGUUUCUACUCUGGUCGGUGCUGUUGGUGGCAAUCCACCUUCCGGUGCUUUAGAUAUUGGUAAAGCACUAAAAUCGACCAAGUCAGGUAUUGAAAAGAAGAGUGAUUGGUCAGAGCAUAAAGCGCCAGAUGGUAGAAUUUAUUAUCAUAACGCAGUUACCAAACAAAGUUUAUGGGAAAAGCCCGACGAACUGAAAGAUGCAGCUGAACUUUUAUUAUCUCAAUGCCCUUGGAAGGAAUAUAAAUCAGAAAAUGGUAAAUUAUACUAUCACAAUGUAAAUACCAAAGAAUCUUCAUGGACCAUGCCUAAAGAAUUGGAAGAAUUAAAAGCUAAAAUAACCUCUGAUCAGGCUAAACAUGCUGUGAAGAACGCAAUUGCCAAUAUUGCUUCUGGAGAUCCGAAACAAGCUCGUGAUGUUGUUCCUGCCCCAGGAUCUCUCACUCCGCCUAGGGCGGUGGCUAGUGCAGUGGGUUCUAAUUUAGAUCUUGCCAUGGCUGCAACAUUAGCCACAAUGGCUACUAAAAACGUUGCUAAUGAUGAUAGAAGUACCUCUAGUCCUACUGCCUAUUCCGCAAACGUAGACAGUAAAGGAGUAUUUAAAGAUAAAAAAGAAGCGAUUGAAGCUUUCAAAGAUUUUCUAAAAGAGAAGGAUAUCCCUAGUAACUCUUCGUGGGAACAAGCUGUCAAAAUAAUGGAAAAAGAUAAACGAUAUGCCGGAUUCAGACACCUAAACGAAAAGAAACAAGCAUUUAAUGCGUACAAGACACAAAAAUUGAAAGAAGAGAAAGAAGAACAACGACUUAGAGCGAAAAAAGCUAAAGAAGAUUUAGAAGAAUUUUUAAUGACUUCGGAACGAAUGAAUUCUACGAUUAGAUAUUACAGAUGCCAAGAAAUGUUUGGCAAUUUAGAAAUUUGGACUAAUGUCAGCGACUCGGAUCGUCGUGAUAUAUACGAAGAUGUUAAAUUCAAUUUAGCUAAACGAGAAAAAGAAGAAGCGAAGAAUAAAAAGAAGAGAAAUAUUCGCGAUUUGACUGAAAUUCUCGAUAACAUGACUAAUAUAGAUUAUCGUACUACUUGGGUCCAAGCUCAGCAACUUCUGUUGCAAAAUCCAAAGUUUAUUAAUAAUCCUGAUUUAUUAGUGGCCAUGGAUAAAGAAGACGCGCUGAUUGUCUUCGAAGAUCAUAUCAGAGAAUUGGAAAAAGAAGAGGAAGAAGAUCGAGAACGUGAGAAACGUAGGCGAAAACGACAAGAGAGGAAGAAUCGAGAUAAUUUUAGUUCUUUACUUGAUGAACUUCAUGAGCAAGGAAAAUUGACAUCUAUGUCCCUGUGGGUCGAAUUAUAUCCUAUCAUUAGUACAGAUAUACGAUUUUCUGCCAUGUUAGGGCAAAGUGGUUCAACGCCGUUAGAUUUAUUCAAAUUCUACGUCGAAGAUCUGAAAUCUCGUUUCCACGAUGAAAGAAAAAUUAUCAAAGAAAUAUUAAAAGCGAAGAACUUCGAAGUUGAGAUAUCAACUACUUUCGAGCAAUUCGCAACUGUCGUGUGUGAGGAUACAAGAUCAGCCACAUUGGACGCCGGUAAUGUCAAGUUAACGUAUAAUGCAUUAUUGGAAAAGGCCGAAGCUCGAGAAAAAGAACGCUUACGAGAAGAAGCUCGUAAACAGAAGAAAUUAGAUUCCGCCUUUUUAGUAUGCUUGCAAGACUUGAACGUGAACCAUAAACAAGAAUGGGAAGAAGUACGUGAGAAAUUACAAGAAGAAAGCGCUUUCAAAGCUAUUACCUUGGAAUCUGAGCGAAUUCGAUUAUAUAAGGAAUACCAACAUAUGAUGGAGGAAGCCUGCUUACACGUUCAUCGUUCGAAAAAAUCGAAGAAAACUAAGAAAGUAAAAAAACGAUCUCAUUCUGCGGCCUCUGAUAGCGAUUCCGAUUACCGUAAGAAGAAUAAUAAAAACAAGAAAAAAACCAAACGAAGAUCGAGAAGCGUGUCGGAAAGUUCGUUCUCCGAUCAUCAUCAUUCUCGUUCCAAACAUAAGAAAGAAAAGAAGAAGAAGAAAGCGAAGUCGCCUUCGCCCCCUGCUCAUUCCAAUCGUAAAUAUAAGGAGUCCAGCGAAAGCCGACAUAAAUCCAGCGAAGAUGAUAAGAAGGAACGUCGAGAUACCAGAGAUGAAAAUACUCGCGAAAAAAGCCCCGAAGCUGAAAAACCAUUAGACGUGGUACGCGCACCAUCUGUCAGCGAUGAAAUUUCAGCUCCCAUUGAACCCGUCGAACAAAAAGAUACCUCUAAAUCGUCCAAACAUAGAAGUAAUAAAGACGGCAGCCAGUCUGAAGAGCUGAGCGAUGGAGAGUUGGAAAGAAGACGUAAUGCAUUAUUGCAACAACUUCACGCUGAUCCUGAAGAUUCCGAGUGAUUUUUUAAUACAUAAUUUUCCUGAUAAUUAUUUCGUCGAAAGAGAGUUGUUUCGUUCUGAUGAUCUAAUGUCAUGGUGUUGUGACGUAGUAAUGGAGUAGAUUAGAUUUUUUGUACGUUAGUUUUUUAAGCAGUGUUAUUUUUUCAAAAUUACCUCAGCAUUCGUAAUGUGUUUUUUUUUUUAAUUUAUUAUAGAUGAUGAAUUCGGAUGGCAUUUUUACAUAAUGUUUUAUUUAUAACCUGUGUAAAGUUUAAAAGAAUAACGCUUUAUGUUUGUUCAUUUAUACGUAAUUAUAUGGUAAGUGCAUUUUUCUUUUGUAAUUUAAUCAACAAUAUUUAAGAACAAAACAAUGCAAAAACUCAUUUCUCUAGGAUUUAAACAAAAUACUAUUGUUUUUUAUUUAGGUACAUAUUACCUUUGUGUAAACUUCGAAUGAUUUAGUUUUCUAGAAUGGUGUUUUAGUUUUUAAUUACAUUUCAAAAUGUUUGUAAUGAAAUGAAAUACCAGUAUUUUAGAUUGGUAAAAUCUACCGAAUUGAUGACUCUUGUGGAAAUAAAUACUUAAAUUAAUUGCUCGA